AUGCGAUUGACCAUACCUUUGAAAAUGUCGACAAAAACAUAUCGUGAUGCAAUUAAUUCACUAAAUUCCCUACAAUCAAACUACGCCAAUAUUAUGGCGAUUAGGGAAUCAGGUGAUCGUAAGAAUAUGAUGAAUAUAUGGGAAAUGAAGGAAUGGUCAAGGAGGAUAGGAUAUAAUGUUUCUGAAUUUAACAAAUUGAAUAUUAUUCAUAUUACAGGUACUAAAGGUAAGGGUUCUACAGCCGCAUUCACUUCUUCUAUUUUAAAUCAAUAUAAGGAAAAACUACCCAAAGUUGGACUUUACACAUCUCCUCAUUUAAAGUCGGUAAGGGAACGGAUUAGAAUCAAUGGUGCACCAAUCUCAGAAGAUAAAUUUACAAAGUAUUUUUUCGAAGUUUGGGAUAGAUUAGAAAAUUCAUCUUCUCCAUUAGAUAAAUUCCCACAUAUGGUAGAUGGAAGUAAACCUGGUUAUUUUAAAUAUCUAACUUUAUUAUCAUUCCACACGUUUAUGCAAGAAGGUUGUAAAGCAUGCGUGUAUGAGGUUGGUGUUGGUGGGGAAUUUGAUAGUACAAAUAUCAUCGAAAAACCAGUUACUUGUGGUGUGACCUUACUAGGUAUUGACCAUACCUUUAUGCUAGGUAAUACAAUCGAAGAAAUUGCAUGGAAUAAAGGGGGGAUUUUUAAAAAGGAUUCCCCAGCAUAUACUGUGACGAACCAAAUUCCUGUUGGGUUGAAAGUUCUACAGGAAAGAGCAGUAGAACGUCAGACCACGCUUCGAGAAGUUCCUCUCUUAGAUUCAGUUGUCAAUACCACUCUGGGUAUUGCAGGCAACUUCCAAAAGAAUAAUGCGUCGUUAGCAGUUGUAUUGGCAUCCGAACUCCUUGCCCAACUCAAAAUCAUUGAUUCAAGGAUUAAUGUUGAUAGCCCUCUUCCUAAUAAAUUUAUCGAAGGACUAGAGAAAACAUGCUGGGAAGGACGUUGCCAAACUUUAAAGAGUGGAAGAAAUACCUGGUACAUAGAUGGUGCACAUACUGAGGAUAGCAUUAUUGCCUCAUCAGGCUGGUUCAGGGAUGUUGCAAGUAGUAGCAAUAAGAAAAAAGUCUUAAUUUUUAAUCAACAAAGUCGAGAUGCGAAUGCCCUUAUCAACUAUUUGUAUGAGACUAUUAAUCCUCAGAUUAAAUUCGACGAAGUGAUAUUUACGACAAAUGUUACUUGGAAGUCUGGAUCUUACAGUCUGGAUCUUGUUUCUAUGAAUACAUCCAAAGAUGAAGUCGAAAAAUUGAAAGUUCAACAAGAAUUGGCCAAAGAGUGGUCUAGGCUCGAUGAAAACGCUGCUAAAAUACGUGUAACAGCAACCAUUGAAGAAGCACUGGAGAUAAUUGAACAAAAACAAGACUUAGAACUUGACAUAUUUGUUACGGGGUCAUUACAUCUUGUUGGAGGAGUCUUAGUUGUCCUUGAGAAAAACGUUUCUUAA